UCCUCCCGCAUUCAUGGUGUUCGUUGGGGACGUUGUGAGAUCCGCCUACUUUCGAUACUCUCGAAGUACUCAUAAAACAAUAAUCUUGUUCCACCCGUCAAUUUUAAUUUUUAUUGCUAAAAACCUUACAUUUAAGGCCUAAGCUCAUGUUGCAGGCCACAUUUUUCGUGUAGAUGUACAAAACAUCUGUCUGGUUAAUUUUGGGUUUGUCGAAAAGACUUCUCUGUUGAACUGGGUAUAACAUCUUUAGUUCCACAGAAACACCUGAAGCGUGCAAUUUCGUUUUUCUGGACGGGUGAUAGAAAUAGCACGCUUCAGUGUUUAAGGAGGUUAUUUGGAGUAUAGAAACGAUUACAUACUAGCUCUUUUUUUUUGGGUAGUUUUCAGGGGGUAUUCUAGAUCGCUGACACCAUUCUGUUUUAGUUGGUGGGUUGAUGAUAUCUGCGGCGUUUAGAGCAGGGAAAUUGUUUGUAGUAAGUAGAAUUUAGCUGUGCUUUUUGAAAAUAUAGCUGUGUUUUCAGGAUAGGUAACUGAACAUUUGGGUGGGAGUCUUUGGAUUACAUAAGCUAUUUUUAGUGGGAGUUUUUGGAUCAAAUCAGCACAUUUAGAGAAGGGAGAUUGCAUUCUUGUAAGCUUAAGGAUGGCUGGCCUAUUGCAUGCAAGUGGAUCUAUGCUAUCUUCAUCAUUUAUGGGCAACAAAGCCCUUUUGAAUCCCAAGAUCCCAUCAGCUACAGUCAGAAAGCAUCCAAAAACUCGAAAAGUUUACGCGAAAGUAAGGGAGAUAUUCAUGCCUGCCCUGAGCUCCACCAUGACAGAAGGCAAGAUUGUUUCUUGGGUGAAAUCUGAAGGAGAGAAGCUUAAGAAGGGCGAAAGUGUUGUUGUGGUGGAAUCAGAUAAGGCAGACAUGGAUGUCGAGACAUUCUACGAUGGUUUUCUAGCAGCCAUCAUGGUCGAAGAAGGAGAUGUUGCUCCUGUUGGCUCUGCAAUUGCCCUCCUGGCAGAAACCGAGGAAGAAAUUGCAGAAGCCAAAUUGAAGGCAUCCAAUGGUGCUAAUAGCACUUCAUCUCCAUCACCUCCAAUGCCACCAUCCCCAUCAUCAUCACCACCGCCUCCAAUUACUAGUACCCCGGAAGUUGUUCUGGCUCCAAAACCAGACUCUGCGAUUCCUUUGGCCUCAUCAAUCCACCCUGCAUCGGAAGGGGGCAAGAGAGUGGUUGCCUCCCCUUACGCAAAACAGCUUGCUAAGGAAUACAAGAUUGACUUAACUCCCAUUGUAGGAACUGGUCCCAUGGGGCGUAUUGUGGCUAAGGAUGUAGAAGCAGCUAUAGGAAAAUCAGAACCAGCUCCCGCUGUGGCUGUGGCUGCUGCACCUGUUUCAAACCUCCCUCCUAAACAGCCUGUUGCCACCCCUGCUGCAGCUACAACUAUUGUUCCUGGCACCACUGUUCCAUUUACUACAAUGCAGGGCGCAGUGAGCAAGAAUAUGGUUGAGAGUCUAACAGUUCCAACAUUCCGGGUUGGAUACAGCAUUAUUACCGACAAACUUGAUGCCCUCUACAAGCAGAUCAAGUCUAAAGGAGUGACGAUGACUACCUUGCUUGCAAAAGCUGUUGCCCUUGCUUUAGCUAAACACCCAGUGGUGAAUGCAAGCUGCAGAGAUGGUAAGAGCUUUACGUACAAUAGCAACAUUAACAUUGCAGUUGCUGUGGCUAUAGAUGGAGGCCUAAUCACACCUGUACUUCAGGAUGCAGACAAGGUUGAUAUCUAUACUCUCUCCAGGAAAUGGAAGGAAUUAGUUGAUAAGGCUCGAGCAAAGCAACUGCAACCUCAAGAAUACACCACAGGGACUUUCACUCUGUCCAAUUUGGGCAUGUUUGGUGUGGAUCGUUUUGAUGCAAUUUUGCCUCCUGGCACUGGAGCAAUUAUGGCUGUGGGGGCAUCUGAGCCAACUGUUGUUGCAACUGCUGAUGGAUUAAUUGGAGUUAAAAACCAAAUGCAGGUCAAUGUAACAGCAGAUCACAGGAUUAUAUAUGGUGCUGAUCUGGCUGCGUUUUUGCAAACACUUUCAAAAAUUAUUGAAGACCCCAAGGAUCUCACUCUGUAGUCCUUGUUCGAACCAAAUAUUUUUCUUCAUUGAACCACAUUUCCAAGUGGACAGUUACAUACAAAAUUAUUUUGUAGUGCGAAGAAGGGAGUUUGGCAAGGAACCCUCUCGGGGUCAUAAUGAGUAGGAUAGCCAUGAAGAUGGCUUUUAUUUGUGAUUUUGCUUCUCAUUGUUUCUAGACACUAUCACAUGGGAAGAGAUGUAUAUGUUUCUAGCAGGCAUUUGAGAAGAGGAGGAACAGAUUUUGACUAUUAUGUCAAAAUAUAUUAACUAAUUUUUAUGUUGGAAUCGUUGAAACUUCCCAUUACAUUUGAAGUUAAUAUAUUUAAUUGUCAAAGAUUAAUGGUUU